AAACUUUUAAUUGCUGGCAUUAAAACCCAAGAAUAAAAGGAUAGAAAACGUUCAGGUAAAAAUACAGCUAUGAAACGCUGCACCGUUUCCUAUCAAAACCCUUGAACUGGAUCUUCUUCUUCCCUCUCUUCUUCCUCUUUUCAUCGACCAGAGAUUCUAACACCAUCAUCAUCAUCAUCAUCGAGAGAGAGAGAUGGGGCUAAUUGCAGGGAUGAUAAUGGGGACGAUCGUUGGGAUUGCUUUGAUGGCAGGAUGGCGCGAAAUGAUGAGGUAUCGAUCCACCAAGCGUGUCGCUAAGGCGGUUGAUAUAAAACUUCUAGCGUCACUUAACAGAGAUGAUUUGAAGAAAAUCUGUGGUGACAAUUAUCCUGAAUGGAUUUCGUUCCCAGUGUUUGAACAGGUGAAAUGGUUGAAUAAGCAGCUAAGCAAAAUGUGGCCUUUUGUGGCUGAUGCAGCAACACUGGUCAUUCGGGAAUCUGUUGAACCACUUCUGGAGGAUUAUCGACCUCCUGGAAUUUCUUCACUAAAGUUCAGCAAACUUUCUCUUGGAAAUGUGCCGCCCAAGAUUGAAGGCAUACGUGUUCAGAGCUUUAAGAAAGGUCAAAUCACAAUGGAUAUUGACUUCCGAUGGGGUGGUAACCCAAGCAUCAUCCUAGCUGUUGAAGCGCUUGUUGCUUCACUACCCAUUCAGUUGAAGGAUCUUCAGGUCUUCACUGUUAUACGUGUUAUCUUCCAACUUUCUGAAGAGAUACCUUGCAUUUCGGCUGUCGUUCUAGCUCUCCUUUCUGAUCCAAAGCCUAAAAUAGAUUAUACAUUGAAAGCUGUUGGAGGAAGCUUGACUGCGAUUCCUGGACUUUCAGAUAUGAUUGAUGAUACUGUAGAGUCAAUUAUCACAGAUAUGCUGCAGUGGCCCCAUAGGAUUGUUGUUCCGAUUGGGGGUGUACCUGUGGAUACAAGUGAUUUAGAGCACAAGCCACAGGGAAAGCUUUCCGUGACUGCAGUUAAAGCAAAUGCAUUGAAAAACAUGGAAAUGAUUGGCAAAUCUGAUCCCUAUGUGGUUGUGUAUAUUCGACCAAUAAUGAAGGUUAAAACAAAAACAAUUGAGAACAAUCUCAAUCCCGUGUGGAAUGAAACAUUUGAGUUGAUUGUUGAAGACAAGGAAACACAGUCACUUAUCCUUGAGGUUUUUGAUGAGGACAACAUUGGACAAGAUAAGAGAUUGGGUAUAGCAAAAUUGCCUCUAGUCGACUUGGAACCUGAAUCUCCAAAGGAUCUUGAACUGAGACUACUUCCAUCUCUUGAUAUGCUAAAAAUUAAAGAUAAGAAGGACAGGGGAACUCUUACCAUUAAGGUAUUUUACCAUCAGUUCAGCAAGGAAGAGCAGCUGGCAGCCUUGGAAGAAGAAAAGCGGAUCUUGGAGGAGAGAAGGAAAUUAAAAGAAUCUGGGCUGAUAGGGAGCACGAUGGAUGCACUUGACGGGGCAGCAUCGCUGGUAGGUUCAGGCAUUGGAGUGGUGGGAACUGGCCUUGGAGCUGGAGUGGGUCUGGUUGGGACUGGCGUUGGGGCAGGGGUGGGGCUGGUUGGGACUGGCGUUGGGGCGGGGGUGGGGCUGGUCGGGAGUGGCAUUGGUGCUGUGGGCAGCGGCCUGUCCAAAGCUGGGAAGUUCAUGGGCAAAAGUAUGACAAAUCAGUUCAGCAGCUCUUCCAAGAAGAGUGGCACCACCACUCCAGGGGCACAACAGAAUGGGGCUGGAAGCUAGUUCUUUAGCCUAGGCAGGCAUGUGACCUGUUGGAAAAUGAUAUGCAUGUACACAUAUAUGUUGUGCUUGGUUUGAUGAUUAGGUAGGUAUGCUAGCACUUUCCAUUGUUCUGUAUCUGAAAAUUGCCAACUGCCUGUAAUCAAUGGAUGACAUAUCACCUAUGAUUCUGUUUCAUGGUUUGCUCCAACAGAUCAACAUCUUAAAUCUUGGACCUGGAAGCCUUUAUGACCUUA